CUUCACCGCGCGCCGCCCUCGCUUCGUCUCUCCCACACCACCGGCGCUGUCUUCAUGUUGGAAGCCGACGCUUCGCCUCUGUGUUUGCUGUGUCUCAUGCGCUGGCCCGAGGGUUGAGCCGCUCUUUGUCUCAUUCCGCCUGCUGUCCCUUAAAUAUUGGAGCCCUUCUCCACCCACCCACCCACCCAGCACGCCUGCUAGCAGUGAGCAUGAGCCACAACGACUACCUGACGUUCGAAGAAUUCAACCGCCGCUCGGCCACGCCGCACGCCCACACCACCCCCGCCGCCGUCGGCAUCGCUGUCAUCGCCGGCGUCGCAACCCUCCUCAAAUUCCUCGACUUCCUAGGCUACCCGGUCUGGUUCUGGACGCGCCAGCUCGCCCACAAGAUGGCUCUUGAACUCGUGCGCGCCGUGUCGCCCGCGCCGUCGCUCGACUCCGUGGCCAGCGACGACUCCACGCAGAGCGGCGGCAUGAUGGGGAGCCUGUUUGGCAUGGGCGCGAGCGCGCUGUCCAAGGGCGUGCGCGGCGUCACCAGCGCCCUGUCACGCGGCCCCAGCGACGUGCCGCCCGGCCUGGGCAACUACGACAACUCGUGCUACCAGAACAGCGUCAUCCAGGGCCUGGCCUCGCUGCCUUCACUGCGCGACUACCUCGAGAAGACGGCCGCCGAGCACGCGGCGCUCGCGAGCGACUCCACCAACGGCGCCCUGCUCGAGAUGAUCAGCCAGCUCAACGACCCCGAGAAGCGCGGCCAGCACUUUUGGGUCCGCGGGAAGCUCAAGUCGAUGAGCACCUUUACGCAGCAAGACGCGCAGGAGUAUUAUUCGAGGAUCCUCGACGAGUUGGACAAAGAGGUCAAGAAGGCCACCAGCAGUAAGAGACGCACAUCUGUCUCGUGGAUUGAGACCGCGAAGAGCCUUAGCUUACCAGAACCAGGCGACAAGGAGAAGAGCGACAAGGGCGUGGUUGACGAGAAGAGCGAAGCGCCGGAAGCGCCAAAAGCCUCUCCCAUUCCGCUGGAAGGCUCGCUCGCACAGCGUGUUGGCUGCACCACGUGUGGCUACUCCGAGGGCCUGUCGCUCAUCCCCUUCAAUUGCAUCACAGUGUCGCUCGGGCGGUCCCGAGCCGGGUACGACGUUCGCGAGUUACUCGACGAGCACACCCAUCUCGAAUACAUCGAAGGCGUCGAGUGCUCCAAGUGCACACUACUAAAGCUGAAGAGCACGCUCGCGCCGCUAGCAGCGAAAAUGGGCCCCGAUUCGCCCUUUGCUGCACGCCUACGGGCUGUCCAGGAAGCCCUUGACGACGAGGACCUGAAGGACACCACUCUGACAAAGACACUCAACAUCCCAAAGAAGAACUGGGUCAAGAGCGAGAAGUCGAAGCAAGUCGUCGUCGCCAGAGCGCCGAAGUCGCUCGUCCUCCACAUCAACCGCAGCAUCUUCGACGAGGAGACAUACUCGCAGUACAAGAACAACGCCGGCGUCGCGUACCCAGCAGUCCUGGAUCUGGGCAAGUGGUGUCUGGGCGCGCAGCCGAGCGGCUCGCAGAAACCCGAUCUCGACCCCAAGACCGAGGAGUGGCCGCGCGACCCGACGGAGUCUAUGCUCGCCGGCGCGGACCUGUCUGCGCCCUCGCCCUUCCAGUACAAGCUACGCGCUGCCGUCACUCACUUUGGCACCCACGGCAAUGGUCACUAUGUCUGCUACCGGUCGCAUCCAAAGCCCGUCCGCAAGGCGCCAGAAGAGACAAAAGAGACUGCAGAAAACGACGAAGACGCAGAGGUCGCUGAUGAGGCCGCCGAGGACGUAAUUGAGGAGGAGCAACAGCAAGAAGAAGAGGAAGAGGAGCAAGUGAAGGAGGAAGACCCCGCCCCCCUCGAAGAGCAAUGGUGGCGCUUCAGCGACGACACCGUCUACGCCAUCUCCGAACGCGAAGCGCACCAGGGCAACGUCUUCAUGCUGUUCUACGAGCGCAUCGACGCCGACUGCUCCCCCGCCCCGCCGCCCCAAACAUCCGAAACACCAACCCUCACCGCCGACGCCGAAACGGAAGCACUCGAACCCGUUGAGCUCCCGCUCCAGCCCGCAUCCCCCCUCAUCCCCCCCGAGUCCGCACCCGCAGCUCCACACGCCCAACAAACGCCCCCCGCAGCAUCCGCGUCCGCCCCCGCGCCCCGCGACCCCAGCGAAUCAAGCGAUCCAGACCCGGACUCCGACGACGCCGAACCCACAACCACCGGCGCCGCCUCCACCGCCCCGCGCGCCUCCACCCUGCCCCAGCUGUCGCCACACACCAUGCGCACAGCCGGCAACGCCGCGGCGCGCGGGCAGGGGAGUCGCGCGAGUCUGCCGCUUGUUAGUGCGUCGUAGGCGUGUUUUGGGGGUCGUAGACGAGAAAGAAAGAAAGAGAGAGAGUUCGAUGGCGUUGAAGGAAAAAGCGAGAACAGAGGAACAGAGGCAGAGGCCCCGCGAUUCAGCGAAUAUACAUUGUUGCCCGCGCGACUGCGGUUGCUGGGUGUGAGUGAUGCGGCCUGGCUUGGCUUGUGGGGUUUUGGGUGCCUGUUUGCCCGGUGCGCUGGGUCAGGCGGCGUCGGCAUCGGCGUUGGCGUUGGCGUUGGUUGGUUUUUGGGGGUGCUUGGGUGGAAUGUCAACUGAUAUACGAGACGGGAUGGGUGG